AUGGUGAACGCUGAAAAUACACGUGCAGCAUUUUCUGGACUUAUUGAUAAACCUCCACUAACUGAUCAUCUACUUGCACGACCACCUUUCAAAUUUAUUCUCGAUGUUGUUUCGUCAACAAUAUCCAAAACGGGUUAUUUAAAGGAUCAAUUCCCUUCCGAUGCCUUGAAUCCUUCGAAAUUAACGGACAAGGCCGCCAAAAUGGCUUUUCUGGAUUCGUUAAUUCAAAUUCUCAACGACGGCUCAUUGGAUGAUGUUAAAUCUUCAAAAAUUGUAGCAGGAAAAGAACCUGAUCUUACAAAUUUGUUGCUAAUAAAAUUAGCGGAAGGAGCUCGGGCACACGUGAAAGCAAAGAAAUCAAGUAAACAUUCACGAAGUUCCCAUCGCGAAGAAAGUUCCGAGAAAUCGUCUAAAACGAAGCAUCGUUCAAAAAGCAGAGAGCCUAAGGAGGAGAAAACGAAGAGUCGAUCUAGUAGUAAGCAUCGAGAAGAAAAGGAGAAAGAAGAGAAGAAGGAUAAAAAGAGCACGAAAGAACGGGAGUCCGAUCACAAAAGCAGUAAAAAGAAAAGCAGCAAGACCGAUGAAGAGAAAAAGAAGAAGAAAGAGAAAAAAGAAAAUGAACCGACGGAGAAAAUUGUGGAGAAGCAGGAAGAGAAAGAACGAGAUAUUAACAGUAAUGAAGUGGAACAUCAUAUAGAUCAAGGAUUUGAUGAACCAUCAUCAUCACAUGCUGAUAGUCCUAAAUCACCUGCGAAUGCAUUCUCUCCGGCAAAAACUGAUGACAGCGGUGUUAGUGACAUGACGGAAAGUCCACGUAUGCCAAUUGUAGAAAGACCGAUGACUGGUGCAGUUGCGAGACCGCAAACCUCUAUGGGUCGACCAGGAACAGCAGCAGCACGUCCAGCUCCUCCAAAAUUAAAACGAAAACAAAUAGCAACCGUGGAAGAAACUAGUAGUACGCCAGCGCAGCCUACAGCUGAGCUGAUAAGUGAAGCGAUCACAGCUGCACCUGAAGAAACAUUUCUUGUGGAAGAAGAAGAACCGGAAGAAUUUGUCCCUGACACUUUUAAGCCCUCCGAAGCCGAGCUUCCUAACGAUGAAAGAGGAGGUCUUGUGCAGAAAAUGAUAGAUACAACAGCUGAAUUUGACGACGGAAGUCAAAACGCUUCAGCUGAUGUCGACCAAGGAGAAUUUGCUCGAGAAAAACUUAAGGCAGAGGCAUUGUUGAAUUCUUUACAAAUGGUUACAAGAACCACACAUCCGUUAUCACGAAUUUUUGAUUUUGCACAGGAAGACUUGGAAUUGAUGACGAAAGAACUGGAAAAAUGGCGAAGUGAAACAAAAAAGUAUGAAGCAUUGCUAAAAGAUAAGGAAGCUCAAGGAAUUGGUGAUACACAGAAGUUAACAAACGUUUUAAACAAGUUGGACGAUGAAGUUUCGGAUAUGCGUGCAGCAGUUCGUUCAGCAAAAUCAAGGAUUAUCGUUAAUAACGAAAGAAUACAUGGAAUGCUUAAUAAUGUCUAA